UACUUUUUUUUGUGCUGCUGACGAGAUGCUGAUUUGUUGCACUGACAACAACCGGCUAGCUAACUAUCUUCUUGAAAAAAAAUACAAGUUUACAUUUUUGCGUGCCAUUUUAACUAGCUAGCCAGCCGAGAUCAAAAUGACCACUAAAAAGAAGCGGACACCACAUUCACAAAACGACAGAUGGGUUGUUGUUGCAGCAGACUCUGCAGUGGAAACACCAAAGAAAGAUGACGGUGACCCUACUUUCAUCCGGCUUAGGAACCCUUCAACAGAUGCAGCGUCUUUGUACCUGUUGGGCAGUGGUGAUGUGCAGCUGUAUGAGGUCAAAGCCUUCAACGAGGACUUCCACUCCUGGUUCAUUGGCCAGACAGUACAGCGAGAUGGGAGACUUCUGUAUGUCACUCCAAUGGAUCCCCUCUACCUACUGUUGCCCUACUUGAUCAAAGCGGGUGAAGAGGGGAAGUUCCAGCCCGUGGACCAGGUAGUGAUGGACGAGGACUUCCCAGCAUGCACCAGGCUGCUGAGCUGCACACGCUCCCAGGCCUCCCUGCACCAUGUGGCUGAGGAGAAAGAGGUGGGCAGUCAGAAGUUUCAGCGCUACAGCCAGGAGAGGACCAUGGAAUGGUUAAAGAAAAAGGCUGAGAGGACAGUGAAGACCCUCAGAAAGAGUAACAUCUCAGUGGGAGAGGGAGUAAAGUCCACGACGUAUGUCCGAGUCAAGCAGGAGUCAGAGACCCAGGAAGAGGACUACCUGCGGUAUGCCCAUGGCCUGAUAUCUGAGUACAUCAGUGAAGAGCUGAGCAAAGCCCUCCUCAAGCAUCUCCAGUUACCUGAGCUCUCAAGUCCUAAAGAGGUGGAGCCUCCCUCAAAGAAGCGGAGACUGACUGACAAACCAUUGGAGGCAGGAGAGGACUACACCAAAUUCAACAGCUCCGAUUUCUCCCGCAAACCGCCCAAGAAGAUGAGUGCUGCACAGAAGACCCUGGCCAAGGUGGACAAAACAGGCAUGAAGAGCAUGUCGGCCUUCUUCAGCCCCAAGGGCAAGGCAGAGAAAAAAUGAAUGUUAGAAUGAUACAUCAGUUUGUGUGUCUGUCGGUGUGCGUGUAUACAGUGUGUGUGUCUGUCUGUCUGUCGGUUGGUGUGUGUCUACAGUGUGUGUUUCUGUCGGUCUCUCUGUGUGUGUGUCUAGUGUCUGUGUGUCUACAGUGUGU